AUGAGUGAUAAAAAUUCCGAACAAAAUCAGCAAUCUCGUCCACAUUUGCAACCUCAGCAACAGCAACCUCAGCAACAAUCCAGUCAUAACAACCCUCAAAGGAAGAAAUUUGAGAGUCCUAAGAGAGAGGCUAUUGUCGACCUAAGCAAGUAUAAGGAUACGCAAGUUCGUGUCAAAUUAAUGGGUGGUCGUUUAGUAGUCGGUGUCUUAAAGGGACACGACCAAUUGAUGAAUUUGGUUUUGGAUGAAACUGUCGAGUACAUGAAGAAUGCAAACGACGAGGUCUCCAAGGAUAAGACCAGAGAAUUAGGAUUCACUGUCAUUAGAGGUACUAUAUUGGUCUCUAUAAGUCCUGUAGAGGGCUCAGAGGUUAUAUACGUUCAGACUUCUUAA